GUUGGCCAAAGCACCAAUCGCGGCACUGCGAACGUGGAUGGUAUGACGGGCACUUUUGCUUGCUCGGCCAGGCUGUGGUCCUUUAAGGAACAUCGCAUGAUUCUGCCGGAAGAGCUUAUGGGGAUGCAUGGCCUUUGUGACUAUGACUUUGCAGGCCUGAGUCAGGGUCAGUGCCAUACACUGGUUGGCAACAGCAUGAGUGCAACAACGCUGGCGGUGGCCUUGAUCCCCGUGCUGGCAGCUCUCGACCAAUUUGUGCAGAAGUGA